AAAAGAUAUCAUAUAAAUUAGGAAGUAUUGUUUAUUAUCUUCCUCUCAAUGGGUAGUGAAAAGAAAGACAUGUUCCCACAAAUGAUAAAAUUUGUUAUGAUGAUAUUGUUAUUGUUGCAUGGUGUUGUUCAUAUUAAUGGUGUUAAUGGAGAUCAUCCGCAAGUGCCAUGUUUUUUCAUAUUUGGUGAUUCUUUGUCUGACAAUGGAAAUAACAACCAGCUUCAAACAAUGUCUAAGGCUAAUUACAAACCUUAUGGGAUUGACUUCCCUGCUGGUACUCCAACCGGCAGGUUUACCAAUGGUCAGACUUCAGUCGAUAUACUUGGUCAACUUCUAGGGUUUGAUGACUUCAUACCACCCUUUGCCAACACUACUGGCUAUGACAUACUCAAAGGUGUAAACUAUGCAUCUGGAUCAGGUGGAAUUCUCCGAGAAUCAGGCAAACAUUUGGGUGAAUGUAUCAGCCUGCACAAACAAUUAAACAACCACAAAAGUACAAUCUCUAAAAUAAAAAAUAGAGUAGACUUAGCCCAAAAUCACUUAAAAAUGUGCUUAUAUUAUGUUUCAAUAGGCAAUAAUGACUACCUUCAAAACUACUUAAUACCUAAAUUUUAUAAUACAAGUCUCCUUUAUACACCUCAACAAUAUGCUGGACUUCUCAUCAAACAAUACGAAGAACAAAUUUUGAGAUUAAUCAAUUAUGGUGCGAGGAAGGUUGCUAUGAUUGGAAUAAGAUCACUGGGAUGCUGCCCAUUUGUUAUUUCAUCAUUUGGAACAAAUGGAUCUAAAUGUGUAGAGAAAGUGAACCAACAAGUUCAACUCUUCAACCAAAACCUUAAAUCACUCGUUCAUAAACUUAAUACCAAAUUUAGUGAUGCUAAAUUUAUUUAUGUCAACACUUUCCAAACACAGUUUGGUGAUCUUUCUUCUUCUGGAUUGAGUAAUUUGAAUGAAAGUUGUUGCCCAACAACUAAUAUUGGUCUGUGUAUUCCUUCAAGUACUCCAUGUGAGAACAGAACAUCGCACAUGUUUUGGGACAAUGUCCACCCAACUGAGGCCUUAAAUCAAAUUACUGCUAAUCGAUCUUAUAUUUCUCACCUUGCUUCAGACAAUUAUCCCAUUGAUAUCAAACAACUUGCUCAGCUACCACUUUAGAUUUGUAUACAUAAUUAUUUCUUCUUUCUUAGGUGUCAUCAUUUUAAUUAAUAUAUUUUUUCUUUUACUAUUGAUAAUCUAAGUAGUGUUAGUCUCUCUAUCGUAACAUACUGUCAUCAAUGCAAUUUAAUAUCGAAAUGUUGAUUUCCUAUUUCAACUC